CGCAACAAUACAACGCUCUCUGACGCGACAUGGAUGUACGAUUUUAAUGGAUGAAAAUAAAUAUGGCUGCGUCCGUGGUUAGAGUAUAUAUUCAAUCUGGUUUAUCAAGGCAAGUAUCAGAAGUAGCACGGCGAGAACAAAGUAUAAAUCAUACUUUACAAACCUUGAAUGUAUUACAUAUUCAACGGCAAUAUUAUCAUACUACCCUAGCUUCUUUUAAACAAAAAAAUAAUGAAAAAAAAACUAUGGUAUUUAAUGAAGAAAUGUUAAAUAAUUUUCCAAAUAAACAAUUUAAGAAAAAGUCACUCCCAGUAAUAGAAGUAUGGGAAAAUAUGACAAUCAAAGAAUUAGCAAAAUCUGCUAAAAGGGAUAUUAAUGAUGUUUUAGAUGUAGUUCGUAUUGUAAGUGGCAAAGAUAUUUAUGAUAAAAAUAGUAUUUUAUCAAGUGGACAUUUAAUAUCUACCAUAACUAAAAAACUUGGUGCAAAUUCUAAAAUUAUUUCAAAGCAAACUUCAAAUAUAGAUACAAAGUAUAAAGACAUUACAAGAAGACCUCCAGCAGAUAAGUCUCAAUUAGUAAGACGACAUCCAGUGGUAACAAUAAUGGGGCAUGUUGAUCAUGGUAAAACUACUUUACUCGAUGCAUUACGACAUACGUCUGUUGUACAGUCUGAAUUUGGUGGAAUUACACAACGCAUUGCCGCCUUUGAUGUAACUCUGGAUUCUGGAGAACGAGUAACAUUUUUGGAUACACCUGGCCAUGCUGCUUUUACCUCUAUGCGAUACAGAGGGGCAUAUGCAACAGAUAUUGUAGUGUUAGUAGUAGCAGCUGAUGAUGGUGUCAAAGAACAAACCUUACAGAGUAUAAAAAUGGCAAAAAAUGCCAAAGUUCCAAUUAUUGUGGCUAUCAAUAAAAUUGAUAAACCUAACAUUGAUAUUAAAAGGACACAACAUGAACUUGCAGGUCAUGGAAUUGUAGUUGAAGAACUUGGUGGUGAGGUACAAUGUGUGAAAAUAUCUGCUUUAAAGGGAACUAAUUUACAAGAAUUAACAGAAGCUAUAGUCAUACAAGCGGAAUUAAUGGAUUUGAAAGGGGAUCCUGCAGGCUUAGUAGAAGGUGUUGUUAUUGAAUGUAGUAAUCAUGUUGGUCGUGGAAAAUUAGUGACAGCUUUAAUUCAGCGUGGUACUUUAAAGAAAGGAUGUUUGUUAGUCUCUGGACUAGCACAUGCUAAAGUAAGAGCUAUGUUUAAUGAUUCUGGCCACCCUAUUUUGGAAGCUAAACCAUCAGACGCGAUACAAAUCACUGGAUGGAAAGAAUUACCUGAUGUUGGAGAUGAAAUGCUAGAAGUAGAAAAUGAUAAAAUAUUGCAACAAGUUCUUAAAUUUAGAGAGAAAGAGCGCAAUGAAACUUUAGCUAAACAACAUAAAGCUGUUGCCGAACAAAGACUACAAGAACAUCUCAUUGAAUAUCGAAACCUGUUAGAAAUUAGAAGAGCAUUUGGAAGAGAUAAAACAGUAAUGAGAACGGUGAAAGAAAAACUGGCUGAAAAAGAAAAAAAACGUAAAAUAGAGGAUCCUACUCCAACAGUUAAUAUUAUUAUAAAAGGUGAUGUAGCGGGAAGUGUCGAGGCAUUAUUAGAUAUUUUUGACUCAUAUAAAUGUGAUAAAAUAUGCCGACUAAACAUUGUUCACUAUGGUGUUGGAUCCAUCACAAGCUCGGACAUAGAAUUAGCGGAUACAUUUAAAGCAAUUAUUUACGGGUUUAAUGUGAAGGCAAUUAAAACAGUAGAAGAAGAGGCCACUACAAAAGGCAUACCUCUUCGACUGUAUAACAUUGUAUAUAAACUUAUCGAUAAUGUUAAGGCAGAAAUUAAUAGUUUACUACCUGAAGUCAAUAUCGAAGAAAUAACAGGUGAAGCAACGAUAUUACAAAAAUUUGAUAUAAAUGAAAAAAAUAAGAAAGUAAGCGUUGCAGGUUGCCGUUGCGUUAAAGGCGUUCUUUUAAAAUCUGGACUGUAUCAUAUAGUAAGAGGAAAUGAGAAUAUUUUUACAGGAAAAUUGGUAUCAAUGAGACAUUUAAAGAAUGAAAUGUCGUCGAUAGAAACUAAUCUCGAAUGUGGUCUCAGAUUUGAAGAUCCAACGUUAUCAUUCCAACCUGGAGAUAAUAUUAUUUGCGUCAGAAUAAAAAGGGAUAAACAAAAGCUUGAUUGGGAUCCUGGAUUUUAAUUGGAUAUUGUUGUAUUUAGAAAAUUACAGAAUAAUAUAUAGACAAUAUAAAAUAAAAAAAAUACAAAUCACAAA